CCACCGUCGUGGUAAGGUAGCCCUCUGGAGCUGUUAACCUGCCCACCGCCACCAUGUCUAAAGGAGAAAGUUCCCUGACUGGAGGCAAAGGAAAAAGAGAGGAGCUGGUCGGGAGCCUGGCUUGGGGCCACCUAGUGAAGCGGACGGAGGAGGAGGAAGAGGUACCAUUGAAGGAUGACGAUGAUGAUGACGAUGACUACUACUGUGAUGACGAAGAGGAGGAGGAAGACGACGAUGACUACAUCGACUACGACGACGACGACGGUCCGGGCAGUGGCUCCGACGACAGUGACCUGAGCCUCGAGGACUCUGCCAUGCACCCGGACCUCCUGGAGCUGGCGGUGGACCGAGAGAAGUGCCGCAGGAUCCGCAGGCAGUACCGGCAGCUCAUUUACACUGUACAGCAGAACCGCGAGGACAUCGUGAACACGGCCAGCAACUCGCUGACCGAGGCCCUGGAGGAAGCCAACGUGCUGUUCGACGGAGUGAGCGGAACCAGAGAGGCGGCCCUCGACGCCCAGUUCCUGGUUUUGGCCUCUGAUCUGGGUAAAGAAAAAGCAAAGCAGCUAAACUCCGAUAUGAGCUUUUUUAACCAGGUUGCCUUCUGUGACUUACUGCUGGUGUUUGUGGGCCUGAAUUGGGUGGAAGAAGAGUGCGAAGACCUGAGCAACUGCAGUGACAGCGUCGCGCACACCUUCUGGGGUGUGCUGAACAAGGAAGUGACGUCCUGGAUGCUGCGAGCGGAAACGUUCCACUUCAUUUCCGGCUCCUUUAAGGCAGAACGUUCGGCACGGAAGCCCCGGCUUGAACACCACAAAAGAGCUUGCAAAAUGGAAGGAAACGGGGAUAUGCCUACGAAGUUACGGAAGAUGGGCGAUGUGCAUGCCAACCAGGAGACGACAGAAAAGGAAGUGGAAAAAAUCCUGGGGUUGCUGCAGACCUACUUUCAAAAGUACCCUGAUACUCCGGUGUCGUAUUUUGAGUUUGUGAUCGACCCAAACUCGUUUUCUCGCACUGUGGAGAAUAUCUUCUAUGUUUCUUUUAUCAUCAGGGAUGGCUUUGCAAGAAUAAGGCUUGACCAAGACAGACUGCCAAUUUUAGAGCCAACCAAUGUUAACCAGAUGGAUGAAGAAAAUGAUUCCUGUUCUUACGGCAGGAAACAAGGAGUUAUAUCUCUGAGUUUACAGGACUGGAAAAAUAUCGUCUCCACUUUUGAAAUUUCAGAAGCUAUGAUCAAAAACUCAUACUAGAAAUUUUUGUUUGUAGUGUGUGGCUCCAUCUUGUACUGACAUAUCUCCAAAUAAAGUCCAAACAGAAGCAUAUUCCCUAGUAAACCGUUUGCACGAACAAAUGAAAUUGUCUACUGU